AAAACGUUUUUCCUUUUCUGAUGCACACCGCCUUUCAGUCGGCUAUAAAUACGGGGCGGGCAGCCAAGACGCUCGGACGCCAAUCCACAUCUCUCUUCUCUCUUUCUCUCUCCUCUCUUUCUUUCCUUUUCACAACCAAACCAUGAAGUCCAUUGUUGCUGCCAUCGCCGCCCUUGCCGUUGCUGCUGUCUCGGCCCAACAAAACAUCAUCUCUGUCACUGCUCCUCUCGAGGGCACCACCUACCAAGCCGGCUCGGAUGCCAUCAUCAGCUGGAUCAACCCCACCGUUGAAACCAUCUCCCAGAUUGUCCUCUCCAACGGCCCUUCGACCGCCCUCCAGCCCGUCAUGACCAUUGCCGAGAAUGUUGAUGCCGCCGGUGGCUCCUACACCUGGUCGGUCCCUGCAGACCUCGCCGCUGGCACUGACUAUGCUCUUCAAUUCGGUACUUCCCCCGACGUUUCGUAUGCUGGUCCCUUCACCAUUGCGGGUGGUUCGUCCAACUCUUCGUCUUCUGCUUCGGCCAGUGCUGCUGCCUCCUCGUCUGCUCCUGCUUCCAGCUCGGCUGCCGCCUCCAGCACCCCUGCCAGCAGCUCUGCCGCUAGCUCUGCUGCCUCGUCUUCCGAGGCUGCUUCGUCGAGCGCUUCGGGUGAUGCUGCUGAGGAGACGGUCGAUGAGAGCGCUGCCGUCAAGUCGCAGCCUGCUGCCCUUGCUGCUCUCGCCAUUGCCGGUGUUGCUGCCGUUGCCAUGGUCUAAGUUUAAAUAACUGGCAACACUUGACACACACACUAUCUCUCUUCCUCUCUCGCACAAUCCCAGCAUACACUCUAUAUAAACCUCUCCCUUCGUCUAUUCUUAAUGUAAUAUGCAAAAUGUCACAAUAACAAUUUAUUCGUCCCUUUACUCCUUUUGUUAUCUCAUGUUAUAAUAAAGCAACAAAUAUCGUAAU